GCUGUGCUCCGAGAGAAGGAAGAUGCGCACAUUGCAGCUGCCAUUCAGUACACGGUUGAAUGGUUAAAUCAGAGAGGUGUUUAUGGCGAGGUGGAGUACCUCAUCGACUACCUCGACGAUGUCGAUCAUUACGAUGCACUGAAGAAAGCUUGUUCAAUGUUCGAAAGAGACCGCGUCAUUGCACUGAUAGGAGGCUCCCAUUCACUUCUGAAUGCUCAGCUGGAGAGACUCACGGAUCAGCACAUCGCCUUCUUUCCUCGAGCUCAACUCUUCGAGGCAAUCGUUGACCUAUUCCGAUACUGGCGAUGGAAUCGAAUAACAAUCGUAAAAGAAAUGGAAGAGUGUCGAUAUCAAGCCCGAAAGGACUGCACCGAUGCUCUCCAAAUGGGUCUUAUCGAUCUCAAGCACUGGAGCUAUCAACGAUGGACAUGGAUCUCUUCAGUUAACCAUGCCAUUGCAGUGUCACCGUAUCCCGUUGACGGAACAUUCCUGCUAGAAAGCAAGCACAUGUUCAACUUCACACAAUUUCAGCAGCAUGUCCGCCAGAAGUGGAACACGAAGACAGCUAACAGCAAAAAUCUGAAAAUGAUGGAGGCCGUGUUCACCUUUGACGCUAUCUACACAUUCGCUAACACCUUCACCGAUGUAUCAGCGGCGAUGAUGCUGGACGAUCUUCCUCUAACUAUGUGCCGGAAGCCCACGAGAAAUACCCGAAGAUACCAGCAUGGACGCACACUUAUAGAUCGUAUGCUAGAAAAUAGCCUCCGUGGUUUAUCAGGCGAUCUCCGCAGACUUAAUGGAAAUCCAGGCAAGAGCAACUACUCGUUGCGGAUUCAACUGAUUGGAUACAAUGGAAUUGGCUUCUGGGAGCCAGCCACCGAAGUUCAUGUGAACAUGAGUGGCGAUUCGCGUGCUCAACUUCAGCGAAACGUUCAAGUGUCUGAUGAACUUAAGCCACAUUUUCGCGUCACUACUAUCAUGGAGCGACCAUAUGUCAUGCUGAAAAAGAACCACUACGAAUUAUACGGCAAUAUGAAGUUUGAAGGAUUCUGCAUUGAUCUUCUAGCCGAGCUAUCAAGAGAUCUUGGCUUCACCUACGCAAUUCAUGCGGUAGCUGAUGGCAAGUACGGUAAUGAUGUGUACGGAAACGGUUCAUGGGACGGAAUGAUUGCGAAAUACUCAGAGGGUAUGCGUGACAUUGGGAAUGUACACGGUGUCGCGAGUGACACCGUUCGAGUGGAACCUGAACUUCUCGUGCUGCACGGCUCACCAGCCUCAUCCAGGUACGUAACCAGCACAAUGCUCAAAGGAGGAUGCGAUUUUGGUCCUCGGGCUGUGUCAACGAGGCUACUAGGAGGAACAUGGUGGGUGUUCACGCUGGUGAUCAUCAGUGCAUACACUGCAAAUCUGGCUGCAGUCGUCUCACUGUUUCGCGGCCAUUCAUCCCAAUCAAAAACCUUGACGAUUUGGCUAAUCAGACAACCAUCUCGUACGGGUACCAUCAAAGGAGGCAGCACCAUGCAAUUCUUUCAGGCAGUUCUCCAACGAAUAGUACUGCAAGUCUUCCUUCACACUCGCCCCAGCGAUCCUGUCAUUGGAGUAUGUGCGUGGGGCAUUUCGGCAGUUUGGAAAAGUCUGAGAGAAGUUGGAUCGGGGAAGCUUGAAAUGAAUGAAAGAUCACGUUCUUUAAGAUCAACAUCGUUGAAUUUGAAAGUGUCACAAAACUGCAACCUUACUCAAAUUGGUGGUGUGUUGGGUUCGAAAGGUUAUGGCAUUGCCUUACAGAAAAAAUCUGAAUGGACAGAUCGAAUUUCUCGUCAAAUUUUACUCUAUCAGAAGCGCGGCAUUAUCGAAAUGAAAAAGUCAAAAUGGUGGAGGAGCAAGGGAGCUACUUGCACAGGAACCAGCUCGUCCGUGAAACAACAGAGGUUCUCACUCAGUCUACACAACGUUGCGGGGCUUUUCAUUAUUCUCGGCGCAGGACUUCUAUUUGGCAUACUGACUGUCAUUGUGGAGUGCAGACAAUACGAGAAGGAAAAGAUUUCUAUUUGGACUGAACUCGUCAAUGAGUUGCGAUUUGCACUCAACCUCAACAUUAUCGAGGAUCAUCGAUCUAGAAAGAAGAACAGCAAAUUGAAUGGCGCUGUUCCGCCGCCGGAUUUUCACCCAAGAACCAGAACUUCCUCGCAUUACGAACUCACCGACAAGUAA